AUGGCGAGCGCUGCAGAAGCAAUUGUUUUGUCCUCUUCCCCAAUUGCCUCGACACAUAACAUUACGAAGUCAUCAGAUAAUUCCGACCAUCUCCCAUGUAUAUCGCAACGAAAUGCAACGCCACCACCUUUACCAUCGCCUCAACCAUCUCCCUCGAAGCAGCCCUGUCCCACGCGGUCUAAAUUUUUCGCCCAGCCAGAUGCGACCGAUGCAGCGCUGAAGAAGAAGCGACAACCUGCGAAAAAGGCCACAGCAACCAAGAAAAGCGGAACGCGGACGAGCAAAAAGGCCAAGGAACCGGAAUCAGGAACUAUAACACUGGCUGGCAAAGUCAUCAAGGCAAAUGGUGAUUCUCAGGCGAAGAAAGGGAAGAAGUCAGAUGAGAAGUUAAGCACUUUGGAUCCGUCCGAGCCUGAAGUAUCUCAUUCUUCGAAGCCUUCAGCUGAUAAUGAAGACCUACAGCUGGAUGAGGCAAUAGCAAGACGCCGUCACUGGACGCCUCCAAGGGAAACAUCUCAAAACGCCAUUGUCGCGGAGGAUGAGUCUAAAAGCCAAGAGCCUAGGUCAUUUGGCAAACUUUUAUCCGACUAUAAUUAUCCUGGUCUUGCUUCGGAAUCGGCUAGCUUCAGUAUGGAUGACAACGGCCCAACAAAAAGAAGAAAAAUCGAGCUUGUGGAUUCUGCAUUGCAAUCUAUGAUGACUGGAAAACCAACUACAGAAAAGCCACCACCUUCUACCAAGCGAGCGAAAAAGCCUAAAAGGUUCACAACAUUGACCGCUAGAAUGACUGCCCAAUAUACUUCCAACGAAGUGACAGACACCGAAUCAGUGGAAGACACUGUGCCAGAGAUCAGUAAAGCAAAAUCUCGACAAAAGAAAAAGGCCAAAUCAGCGUCUACAGAACCUGCAUUUGUUGUUCUAUCCCCCGAAGCUGCAGCAAAAGCUCUGGAUGACCAGGAUUUGGUCUUUGGCAGCUGCAGCCAGCUUGAAAGAGAAAAUUCUCCGCAGGCAUCAACUGUCCAUACAUCAGAAGUCAUGCUAUCUGGCAGGCAAGCUCCAGGUCUUGGAACACCGUCACGCUUGGGAUCUUCCGUGGUUAGCACAAAAAACCUAUGGGGAGUUGCAGCUCGUGACAUCGACGGAUCUUUGAUUCAAGCAGAGAAAAGGGACUUCGGCGACUUGGCAAAGCCCUCUAAAAAACCCCAAACAAAACAAAAAGAUCUUAAUCCUGUCUCUGAGUCCGUUACAAUUGAGCAUUUGCCACUUCAAACAAAGGCACAGGCUUCAGCUGAGAAGAUCCCAACGGAAGUGACCAGUAGCCAAGGCCCUUCUAUGCCGCAGUAUACUGGGUUUACUGAUGCCGAGCUUUCAAAGCAUAUUACGUCUUUUGGAUUCAAGGCAGUGAGAGGUCGCAAGAAGAUGAUUGAGCUUCUUCAAAAAUGUUGGGAGUCAAAGCACGGAAGUAGGAAGCCUGCUCAGACAUCCGAGCAAAUCACAGCAUCCAAGCCCAAUCCCAAGCCUAAGCCCAAGCCUAAAGCCCAGGCCAAAGCAAAACCCAAACGCACAGAAAAAGAAGAAUCUCAAACUAUUGUAUCAUCUGCAUCAGUACAUACAUCUGCUGAAGUGACAACAACCAAGCAGAAAAGCCUACCAAACAUAUUCACUCAGAUUACGAAGGCUGUGCGGGCACAGCCAUCAAUUAGCAGUCGGAAGCAUGCAACAUGGCAUGAGAAGAUCCUCACGUACGACCCUAUCAUUCUUGAAGAUAUUACAGCAUGGCUAAAUGUUGAAGGAUUCGGCCUUGUUGAUGAAGAUAGAGAAGUUAGCUCCCUUGAUGUGAGAACCUGGUGCGAGAGUCAUGGGAUCUGUUGCUGUUGGAAACAGAAUGCAAGCUGGUGA